AUGAGGAUCCGGAUGGCCGUGAGGUGGACGUGGGCAGGCAAAAGCUGCCUGCUGCUGGCGCUUUUAACAGUGGCCUAUCUCCUGGUGGAACUCUCCGUCUCCACUCUCCAUGCCUCCCCAGGAGCCGGCCUUACCAGGGAGCGGGGCCCAAGACAGCUCUCAGACUCCGGGAAGAAAGCAGUGGAUUUGUCUCGACCGCUUUAUGAGAAGCCCCCUGCAGAUUCCCAUGCACUUGGGGAGUGGGGGAAGGCCAGCACACUCCAGCUCAAGGAGGGUGAACUGAAGCAGCAAGAAGAACUCAUUGAGAGAUAUGCCAUUAAUAUUUACCUCAGUGACAGGAUUUCCCUGCACCGCCACAUAGAGGAUAAAAGAAUGUAUGAGUGUAAAUCCAAGAAAUUUAACUAUAGGAGACUUCCCACCACUUCUGUUAUCGUUGCUUUCUAUAAUGAAGCCUGGUCGACUUUGCUCCGCACCAUCCACAGUGUUUUAGAAACUUCUCCUGCAGUCCUUUUGAAGGAGAUCAUCUUAGUCGAUGACUUGAGCGACAGAGUUUAUUUGAAGACACAACUUGAAACUUAUAUCAGCAAUCUCGAUAGAGUCCGCUUGAUUAGAACAAAUAAGCGGGAGGGGCUGGUUAGGGCCCGUCUGAUUGGGGCCACUUUUGCCACUGGGGAUGUCCUCACUUUCCUGGAUUGUCACUGUGAGUGUAAUACUGGUUGGCUGGAGCCACUUUUGGAAAGGAUUGCUAAAGAUGAAACAGCAAUUGUUUGUCCUGUUAUAGACACCAUUGAUUGGAAUACUUUUGAAUUCUAUAUGCAGACUGGGGAGCCCAUGAUUGGUGGGUUUGACUGGCGUCUAACGUUCCAGUGGCAUUCUGUCCCCAAACAUGAAAGGGAGAGGAGGAAAUCGAGAAUUGACCCAAUCAGAUCACCCACCAUGGCUGGAGGACUGUUUGCUGUCAGCAAAAAAUAUUUUCAGUACCUUGGAACUUAUGACACUGGGAUGGAAGUGUGGGGAGGUGAAAAUCUGGAGCUGUCUUUUAGGGUGUGGCAGUGUGGAGGUAAACUGGAGAUCCACCCCUGUUCUCACGUGGGCCACGUUUUCCCCAAGCGGGCGCCAUAUGCUCGGCCCAAUUUCCUGCAGAAUACUGCUCGGGCAGCGGAAGUGUGGAUGGACGGGUACAAAGAGCAUUUCUACAAUCGAAACCCUCCAGCAAGGAAAGAAGCUUAUGGCGAUAUUUCUGAAAGAAAGUUACUACGAGAACGGCUGAGGUGCAAGAGCUUUGACUGGUAUUUGAAAAAUGUGUUUUCUAAUUUACAUGUUCCAGAGGAUAGGCCAGGCUGGCACGGAGCUAUUCGCAGUAUUGGGAUCUCUUCUGAAUGUUUAGAUUAUAAUUCUCCUGACAACAACCCCACAGGUGCUAACCUUUCACUGUUUGGAUGCCACGGUCAAGGAGGCAAUCAAUUCUUUGAAUAUACUUCGAACAAAGAAAUAAGGUUUAAUUCAGUGACAGAGUUAUGUGCAGAGGUUCCUGAGCAAAAAAGUCAUGUGGGAAUGCAAAAUUGUCCCAGAGAUGGGUUUCCUGUUCCAGCAAACAUUAUUUGGUAUUUUAAAGAAGAUGGAACCAUUUUUCAUCCCCACUCAGGACUGUGUCUUAGUGCUUACCGGACACCUGAGGGCCGACCUGAUGUUCAAAUGAGAACUUGUGAUGCUCUAGAUAAAAAUCAAAUCUGGAAGUUUGAGAAGUAGAAGAGCAUAACAGCACUUUCUCGUCCUGAGCUGACGAUAGCUUGAGCAAAGUCAAAGAGCCUUCAGAGAGCCUCAGUGAAGAUUAAGUUUAUCAGCAUUCACCCAGUGGUCAUCUGCAAGAGCUCUGUAAAAGCUGUGGAUCAUUUUGGUAAAAACACUGAAACUGGGUACACAGAGAGCUGCUGUUUAAUAUUUCAAAGUGCCUUACUUAUGGGUUUUAUUUAAGAGCUUUGUCAAUAUGGUCUCUUCUUAAUGAA